AUGUUUCAAAGAAAUUUAACAAUUACUUGUUGUGGUGAUGGAGAAACUGGAAAAACUGCAUUUAUUAAGACAUUACUUCACCAAAAACAUGAUCAAUUUCAUAUUUCAACAUUAGAUGAAGAGUAUUUUUAUGACCUUGUUAUGGGAAGUAAAACAUAUAAAUUAAAAAUAUUAGAUAGUCCUGGUAAUCAAGAAUAUCGUGGAAUGAUAGAGUAUGAUGUUAAAGAUUCGGAUGGUAUUAUAUUAUUUUUUGAUACAACAAUUGGUCCUUCAUUUGUUGACUUAGAAGAAUAUUAUGAGUGUUUUGAUCGUGCAGUAAUGGGAUUUGAUCUACCAGUCAUUCUUGUUGGUAAUCUUCAUGAAGACAAACAACCUUCAGUUAGACAAGAAAUGAUUGAUGAAUUUUGUAAAAAACAUUCGUGCGAAUAUUUUCCAUUAAAUUGUGUUAAAGAUGAACAAAAAUGUAUUGAAGCAUUAACCGAAUUGUAUAAGAAGAUGGACAAAUUAAAUUAA